AUGGACUUUCCGAUAGACUGGAUUCCUCCUCUCCCGCCUGCACAUUUCCCACCUGCCAUCCUUCCUUUCCUCCGAUGUGCUCAGAGGGAAGUCCCCACAGCUGGGCACCGCAGCCAGGACCCACGGGCUGGCGCCACUGACCACGACCUCACUACCAAGAGGCUGCCGACUCGCGGUGAUGAAAGUGGCAUUUCUAACAAGCCCAGGUCCUGCUGCUGCUGCUUUUCCGGAACCACACCCACAAUGAGGAAGAGGAUCUCUGUUUCCCAGUGGCUGGAGUUCUGUUCCUCUCCUGGAGCUCUGUCCCCGAAGCUGCGAGACCAGAGCUGGGGUGUGACUCCAAGUCCAGGACCGCGCGGUCCCCGGAUGCAUUUUGUGCUUUUAGUUGCUGCAGCCAUGCUGGCAGCUGCUGUGGGCUCUCGCAGCCCCACGUCCCAUCCUGUCCGGUCCCGCAGGGGCUCACAGUUCCUCAAGGUGGUCCUAGCCAGGCUGGACCCAUGCCAGGCCUUGGCCCAGGAGCUGUGUCCUGGACCUUGGAUUCCUGACGAAGGGAAAGAAUUGCUGCUGCCAGCUCCAGCCAGCGGGCUAGCAGAAGUCGCCCACGAGAACUCUGCUGGGCCCUCCACAUCCUGUCCUUCACAGCCAGCUCUCAACGAUGUCAGGCGUGCCUACUUCUGCUUCCUUCUGUCAGCUUUGGGCGUGACUGCUGGUGCCCAUCGCUUGUGGAGCCACAGGUCCUACAAAGCUAAGCUGCCUCUGAGGAUAUUUCUGGCCGUCGCCAACUCCAUGGCUUUCCAGAAUGACAUCUUCGAGUGGUCCAGGGACCACCGAGUGCACCACAAGUACUCAGAGACUGACGCUGACCCACACAAUGCCCGCCGGGGCUUCUUCUUCUCCCAUAUUGGGUGGCUGUUGGUUCGCAAACAUCCAGACGUCAUUGAGAAGGGAAGAAAGCUUGACCUCACAGACCUGCUGGCUGAUCCCGUGGUCCAAUUCCAGAGAAAGUACUACAAGAUCACCGUGGUGCUCAUGUGCUUUGCGAUCCCCACGCUGGUACCCUGGUGCGCCUGGGAAGAGAGCCUGUGGAACGCCUACUUCUUGGCCUCCAUCCUCCGCUAUACCAUCUCACUCAACAUCAGCUGGCUGGUCAACAGUGCCGCCCACAUGUAUGGAAACCGGCCCUAUGACAAACACAUCAGUCCUCGGCAGAACCCACUCGUCACCCUGGGUGCCAUUGGUGAAGGCUUCCACAAUUACCACCACACCUUUCCCUUUGAUUACUCUGCAAGUGAAUUUGGCUUAAAUUUUAACCCAACCACUUGGUUCAUUGACCUCAUGUGCUGGCUGGGACUGGCCACUGACCGCAAACGGGCAACCAAGCCGAUGAUCAAGGCCCGGAAAGCCAGGACUGGAGAUGGCAGCACUUGAACCCGGAACUGGCCUCCAACACGUCUGCGAUUGACACCUUAGUUCAUGGCUUUUGUUCCUAUAGUUCUCUUGUUCAUUGGAUGUGGGAGGGCGUAGAGGCUGGGGAGGGAACGGAAUCUAUGUGGUUUGGGAACUUUUCGUUUGUCUCAAAAUAAUGUGAAGGUAUAACCAUCGAUGUAGCAUCUGUGUAACUAUGAUUUAGCAUUAGAGUAUGAACAUGUGAUUUAAUCGCUGUAGCUACAAUAUGUCAAACACACAUACAGGAUCAUGUGCUUGUACAUGAUGUUAACCCUGACAGGAUGCAGGAAUUUCAUAUCCUUUCAGUGUGAUUCAGGAGAGCAUUUGCUUUCUUUUCUACCAGUUGACCCAGAACUGGUUUUAAACACAUUAUCUGAAGGAGCAGAGAGGCAGGAUAGAAGACUAAAGAGAGGGUCUAAGUAACUAAAGAAAGUUUCUGUUUUGUAAUUACCGUGUGUGUGUGUGUGUGUGUGUGUGUGUGUGUGUGUGUGUGUGUGUGUUUCUUGUUCUUCUUUAAAUAAGACAAUUGAAAAGUUUAAAAAAUGACAAUACAGGAAAUGGCUCUCUUAUUUUCUUGCCCUGUUUACAGCUUGUUAAUGCUCCACUGUCUUUGCUUCCAAAGAGAUCUGUUCACAGCCCGACUAGUUUUGUGUCUUGAUUAUGGCCGGCCGACCCUAUAAAUCAGUGCCUGUUUAGGUGUUUGGUUUUGUUCUCUCCGCUAUUGUCAUUUUAAAGGUGUAUAACUCAGAUGUGCCAGACAUAAAAUUAAGCUCAGAUUAAGCUCUCAUUUAAAUGUUUAGACACCUAAUUUAUAUUCUAAUUGAUCUCAGCCACUGAUGCAUGUACUUUAACUACUCCUGCUAAAUAAGCAUAUUAAUUUUCCACACUAGGCCAUCAGAUCUUAAUAACUGAGUUAUCUAGAACUCAAUGUCUACUAAUGUUUCCCCUGCAUGCCGCUUUCAUUGAUUUUGCAGAAAAAUAUAAAGUGAUUAUGAUGUAGCUUCUGGGCUAAAAACAAUGUUGUGUGUUAAGUUGCCUUGUAAAGGGCGUGUGGAGUUAAUGGGGCCGCGUGCCCUGUGUGUUUGCUGUUAGAGCAAAAGAAAGAUGGCGCGCUUCUACGAUAGGUCUUUUCAGGAAAGAUGUGGGCCUUUAGAAUUUAAUUUAAAAUGUUUAAAAAAGAAGUGAUGCCAACAGGAAAUUGUCACAAUGAAGUUCUACAUCCAGCAGGUGUUUAACUGUGUAAUUUUGCCAUUCGUAAUGUGUACGCUAUGAGUGAUUUACAAUAAAUGAUUAUUAAGUGA